AUGGCUCUGGUUUUGGGCUUUUACACGGCGGCCUCACUGGUCGCGGUGGCCAUCGUCGCCUUGCUUUCAUACCUCACCUAUCAGCUCCUGAGCAGUUACCUACGCAAGUGGAAGGAGAUGAAGCCGAUCCCAGGCAUAGGCGGAACAUACCCGCUCAUUGGCAACUCAUUGCAAGUAAAAUCCAAUGCUGGAGACUUCUUUUGCCAUCUUGCCGGCUAGACGGUCCAGUUCUGUGAUACGCCACUGCUCAAAAUCUGGAUUGGCCCCGUGCCUUUAGUCAUCCUGUUUCAUGCUGAUGCUGAGACUGUGUUGAACAACCCCAUUCACAUGAACAAGUCGUAUGCCUACAAGUUCCUCCACCCCUGGCUUGGAACUGGCCUUCUGACCAGAAUGAGUGACAUCAUCGCCCGGAGACAGAGGAUGCCCUGGUACUGGCCAGAUUUUGUGUAAAACUAUCUGGCCAAUAAGGCUGAAGGCAAGGAGCACAACAAGAGCCUGAAAGUCCUUCAUUCUUUCACAGAAAGUGUGGGGCGGAGUACGUAUAUCACAUACAUUGAGUUGGACAGCGAAUCAGACCAAGGCAUGAGGAAAGACAUGCUGCUGAAGACAAUAGAUGAGGAUGGCAACAAGCUAACCCACAGGGACAUCCAGGAAGAAGUAGACACCUUCAUGUUUGAGGGUCAUGACACGGCAGCUGCCUCCAUGACCUGGACCACUCACCUGCUGGGAUCCCAUCCACAGGUACAGCGUAAAGUCCAGCAAGAACUGCAGGAGGUGUUUGGUGAGUCAGACCGGCCAGUCAACACUGAGGACCGGAAGAAGCUGCAGUACUUGGAGUGUGUGGUCAAGGAGUCACUGCGGCAGAUCACACAGAAACAGAAAUACAGGCACACAAACACACGCAUGCAUGGCUUCAAAGUGUCCAAAGGAGCUAAUGCCAUCAUCAUCACCUACGCCGUCCACCGUGACCCACGCUUCUUCCCAGACCCAGAGGGGUUCCGUCCAGAGCGCAUCCUGCCAGAGAACUGUGUGGGGAGGCACCAGUACGCCUUCGUCCCCUUCUCCGCUGGCCUCCGCAACUGCAUCGGUCAGAGUUCCGCAGUGAUGGAGGAGAAGGUGAUAUAA